AUGGAUGAAACGGGCAUAAGUAUGUCGCAUAAGCCUGGAAAGGUAGUAGCACAGAAAGGCGUAAAGACUGUGCAGGGAAAAGCAGGGUCGAGAGAAACGAUCACAGUCAUUGCAUGUGUCAAUCCUGAAGGAUCAUCAACGCCCCCACAUUUCAUCAUUACAUGCAAAACCUGUAGAUCUUUACAAGGAUACGACAUAGAGGAAAUUUCAAAAGAAUCUGUGUUGCAUCAUAAUGACAAAAGGUAUGCUACAAAGAGCAUUUUGUCUUACGCCGAAACAGUUGCCAACAGAAACGACUCAGAUGACAUUCAAGGCACAAUGUUGAAGUCUUAUCUGAAUAUGCUUUCGGAGACAAUACUUGAAAAAAGAGUGGAAGAAAUUAUUGAGUUAGAUGUUCAUUUGGAGGACAAUCUUUUGACGGUUUUGGACCUAUUCCAGUCCGAGGCACGAAGAAGAUAUGCAUUCUUGGGUUUAGGGAAGGAAAUGCGCGAAAGGUGUAUUGAUGUUGCAUCCCUUGAAAACACAGUUCUAAGAUGCAUUGAAGAAGAUGUAAAAGUUCUCGACAUUGAUUUUCCGAAACAAACAGAAGUAGUUUAUGAUGAUACAACUUUCACCAAACCAUUUUGGAGGAAAUAUGAGUGCUCCAUCUUGGGAAAAUAUGGAACAUGCACCGUGUUGCUCCCGUCUAUGGACUGUGCUACUGAAGAUCCAUAUGACGAUUACAAAGAAAAUGCAGAUGAGAAAGAAACCAGGGAAACUCUGAAUGAAUUAGACAUACUUCUUAGUAUUCACUACAGAGGAUCUCAUGAAAACAUUAUUCACCUGAUGAUCCAUCAAUUGGUUCCGAGACCAGUUAUGUUUGUAACUGAGGGUAAGGGUGAAAACUUGUUGACAUACCUUCUGAGGCACAAUAAAAGAAAAAAACCAAUAAAAAGUGAAAUUUUACUGAACUUUCUCCUGGAUUGCAUAAAAGCAUUGCAGUUCCUGCACGACAAAGGAGUUGUUCACAGGGAUAUCAUCGCAAAAAGCUUUGAGGUUCACACAACAAACAACGCAAAGGAUCAAAUAUUGAAAUUGAGCUCAUUUAAAAUUGCCACCUUUCUGUGGGAAGAAGGUGACCAGCCCAGAAAAUAUAAAAUAGAUCCAAACUGUGACCAACUGCCUACACUAAGUUCGGCUCCGGAAAGUCAUCUGGAAGCAGUAUUUCAUGUCAAGUCAGAUAUUUGGCAACUAGGGAUGUUCGGUUUUGAACUUUUUAAUUAUGGAGCAUGGCCAUGUUUGAACGAGGAAGACAUAUCAUUAGAGCACGUAAUGGUUCACGUGACUAUAAAUAAACGGAAACCAACCCAAACAAAACAAAUGCCAGACCAGGUCAACAAAAUACUUCUAGACGCCUUAGAGAAUGAGCCGAACGACAGACUUGAUCUUAGCAGUAUCGAGGAACGUAUUUGCGACUUUUUGCAGGAAGUUUCUAAACGCAGAGUUCAGCCUUACAGUAAGAAAUCCAAGGAAACGUUUUAG